GGCACUGGCGGCUAGGGAUGUCGUCCUGGACGAGGUGGCAUGGGCCCGCCAUGGCGCGGCUGUGGGGCUUCUGCUGGCUGGUUGUGGGCUUCUGGAGGGCCGCUCUUGCCUGUCCCACGUCCUGCAAAUGCAGCACCUCCCGAAUCUGGUGCAGCGACCCUUCUCCGGGCAUCGUGGCAUUUCCGAGGUUGGAGCCUAACAGUGCAGACCCCGAGAACAUCACGGAAAUCUACAUUGCCAAUCAGAAAAGGUUGGAAAUCAUCAACGAAGAUGAUGUUGAAGCUUAUGCAGGACUGAAAAAUCUGACAAUCGUAGAUUCCGGAUUAAAAUUUGUGGCUCAUAAAGCCUUUCUGAAAAACAGCAACUUACAGCACAUCAAUUUUACUCGAAACAAACUGACGAGCUUGUCUAGGAAACAUUUUCGUCACCUUGACUUGUCUGAGCUGAUCUUGGUGGGCAAUCCAUUUACAUGCUCCUGUGACAUUAUGUGGAUCAAGACUCUUCAGGAGACUAAAUCCAGCCCAGAAACUCAGGAUUUGUACUGCCUAAAUGAAAGCAGCAAGAAUAUUCCCCUGGCAAACCUGCAGAUACCCAAUUGUGGUUUGCCAUCAGCAAAUUUGGCUGCACCUAACCUCACUGUGGAGGAGGGAAAGUCUAUCACAUUAUCUUGUAGCGUUGAAGGCGAUCCAGUCCCGAAUUUGUACUGGGAUGUCGGUAAUCUGGUUUCCAAACAUAUGAAUGAAACAAGCCACAUGCAGGGCUCCUUAAGGAUAACUAACAUUUCAUCUGAUGACAGUGGAAAGCAGAUCUCCUGUGUGGCAGAAAAUCUUGUAGGAGAAGACCAAGAUUCUGUGAACCUCACUGUACAUUUUGCUCCAACUAUCACAUUUCUCGAAUCUCCAACCUCAGACCACCACUGGUGCAUUCCAUUCACUGUGAAAGGCAACCCCAAACCAGCGCUUCAGUGGUUCUAUAACGGAGCCAUAUUGAAUGAGUCCAAGUACAUCUGUACUAAAAUCCAUGUUACCAAUCACACGGAGUACCAUGGCUGCCUCCAGCUGGAUAAUCCCACUCACAUGAACAAUGGGGACUACAAGUUAGUAGCCAAGAAUGAGUACGGGAAGGAUGAGAAACAGAUUUCUGCUCACUUCAUGGGCUGGCCUGGAAUCGAUGAUGGUGCCAACCCAAAUUACCCUGAUGUAAUUUAUGAAGAUUACGGGACUGCAGCAAAUGACAUUGGGGACACCACGAACAGAAGUAACGAAAUCCCUUCUACAGAUGUGGCUGACAAAAGCGGUCGGGAACAUCUCUCGGUCUAUGCUGUGGUGGUAAUUGCGUCUGUGGUGGGAUUUUGUCUGCUGGUGAUGCUGUUUCUGCUGAAGUUGGCAAGACACUCCAAGUUUGGCAUGAAAGGUUUUGUUUUGUUUCAUAAGAUCCCACUGGAUGGGUAGCUGAAAUAAAGGAAAAGACAGAGAAGGGGGCUGUGGUGCUUGUUGGUUGAUGCUGCCUUGUAAGCUGGACUCUUGGGACGGGCGUUGGCUUCUCCCGGGAGGUGCCGCGCAGCUGGGGGUUUUCUGGUAGCUGUGGGUGGUGUUUGCAGGAGGUCCCGUGUGAAGCCUGCGGCUGUCAUGAGCUAUGUUUGGGGAGCACCUGCUGCAGAGGCAGCUCCCAGGCUGCUAAGCAAACACUCAAGAAAACAUCUUAAAUUAAUGCUUCUCUUUUGUUCUUGCGAUUGUUCAAAUAAGAAAGUGACAUGGAAGUCCAUUGGAUUAUGCUUCUCUUCGGAAAGGAGUGCUCUUUGACCAUACUGGAAAUGUAUUAAUUCUUAUGUUUCUGUUCAUUUAAAGGUGAACUGCAAAGUAUAAAAAAAAAAAAUCUAAAUUUAGGGACAGGUAUAAGAACACACUAAACAGCCUAAUCGCCACAUAACAUGUAGCUUAGUAUUGUUUUCUGUUGAUGUGUAAUGAAGACUGAAUUCAGAAGUCUCUAUUCUUCUUCUACAAUGAAGCGACUGAGAAAGUUAAGGGCAUCGCUGUGGGGACUUGGCAAGGCCACUGAGAGGUCCUCUCCUUCACUGGCAAUAAAGGUCCAGAGUCAUGCAAUCAACGCUAAUGAUUUUUCUAAAGUUUGUUAGCAGGCGAAAAAUAAAAGCAGUUCCGUGGUUGGGGGCUGUAGAUUUAGGUUAGACGUAGUCAGUUUCAGAAUAACUACAAGAGCGAAACAGACACAUAGGGCGUGCUUGUCCUUUUAUGUGCCCCCUGCGAUCCUCCUGCUUUUUAGAAGUUUCCUAGUGAGAAGGCCGCAGUAUCUCAUGCUGUUCCCAUGACAGAACUGUAGCUUUUCUACUCUGAAAAGGUCUGCGGGCAGAAUGGCUGGCCUGCUGGGAGCAGGAGACCAUAUUCUAAGAAGGAUAGUCCCCUACUCCAUACUACACUGCUGCUGGUUUUCAUGGGCAGGAAGGCUCUUCCUGACCCCAGCAGCACAGAGGUAAUGAGUCUGUGCUUUAUCAGAUCCAGCCUCAUUGCAAGAGGGUAGCCUAGGAUCGGCAGAUCCGGUGUCCCAGCCUCAGUCCCCUCACAGACCCCUGUUUCCCUCACCUGGCCACUGCAGUGACCUUGGUCUGCUUUGCGUGGCCUGUGCCAGGUAGGAUCCCUGUCCCGCAGACAGGUUUGACUGCCCUCACCCCACCUCCCCUCAACUUUUCUCAUGAGGUGGACGGCAGAGCCAGGCCCGGAUCAUUUCGCCUGAAAGCAGGAUCAGCUCUGACCGUGAAGGCAUGCUCAUCAACGCCAUGGCUGGACGGGAAUCUUACUGAUAUUUGAAAAAAAUUCCUUUUUUUUGGGGGGGGGAUGUUGAAAUAGGAAAUAGUUACUCAAGUUUUGCAGUUCAGCUUUAAGGAUAUAGAGUUUUAACUAGUCCAGUGUGUUUGGAAACAUUGUUUUGCAUCCUGUGUAACCCAGGCAUUAAUCUUAAUAAACCAGGAUCCAUUUAGGUACCACUUGAUAUAAAAGGAUUAUCCAUGAUGAAUAUUUUAUACUGUAUCUUUUACAUUAGCCACUAAGUAUGUUAUUGCUUGAUACAGACAUUUCACAGGGUCCUAUGGAUUACAGCAUUGAACUUGGCUACUCCAUACCCCUGCCUCCGACAGAGGGGCAGUUUCUCCGAAGCAUACACGGGCUGCUUGUUCCCAAACCUGUGCUUUCCAAAGACACAUUUGAGUGGGAAAGCAGCUGGCCCAUGGUGUUGGGGGGAAUCUGAAUAUUCCCUGAAUUCCCAUUUUCUUGCUCUUUGCUAAAUGACAUGUCCUGUCACCACUUAGAUUUUGAUCUCUCCCAAAAUUGUCGAUUUACCAAGAGCCCAACUAAUUGCAGAAAUCUUGAACCCUGGAAGGAAAAGGAAAUUCACACUGAGAGCCAAGCAGAGGCUGUUUUAGUACCCCAAGCAUUCUUAAAUAUCGGCCAUUUGGUACAAGGUUUUUAGUUUAGUUUAGUUUAGUUUUGUUUUACCUUUUGUAUUUUAUUCCAUGGAACUAGAAAAAGGCAAAGAAUUGUUUAAGAACUAUUUUGUACAUUUCCCAGAUUCAAAAGGGAAAAAAAAAUAUUUGUACUCAAUAGCUAGAAGACUUGCAGGGUAGAUUUUUGUUUUAAAAUGAAGAGAAGUGGACAGAUAAGGCAAUUUAAUAUAUCAAAGAGCAGUUGACAUCUCCUAGGGAACGAUGAAAACAGCAGGCUAUUAGAAAAUUGUUUCAUAUGGUUCUUGUGUUCCUUGCUUUUCAUUUUUCUUUAAUCCCCGAAGACCACAGUCAGUGACAUAUCUCCUCAUUUCUAUCCUCUAGACCACCCUCUUUCAUCUUUUGCUUUUUUAUGUCCCCUACAAGACAUCUUUUUACAGCUUCCUAAUGAUACGUAUCGUGCUUUUUUUUUUUUUUUUUUUCCAGCAUUAGAAAAGGCCAGGCAGCAUUUUUGCUAAAAUCAAGUUUGUUGCCCCCCGACCAGGACCUGGCGUCUCAGUGCCAAGCAGGUACCCUUCGUAAAGGGCGUGCGCUGGGCACGGGCACGCACAGCCCUGCGAAACCAACUCCUGCCUCCCGGGAACUGGGCCCUGGAUUCCCAAAUCUGAUUCUUUAAGAGAAACUUGAAACCUGAAUUUUUUUUUUUUUUAAUGUGAAAUGUCCCUAUUUUUAAAGAGUUGGCUCAGUUAUUUUUAAAACAUUAUGUAGGCCAACAAAACGUGUCUGCGGGCUGCUAGUUUGUUACUUUUGUCUUAAAGCAACAUCAUUGUUCCUCUGUUUCCUACUAUCUUUCUUUUGCAAACACACUUCCCAGUGUAGCAGUUGAGAGCUUUUUCGCCAUGGAGUUUGGGGCCCCAGGGAUCUGCAGCGUGCCCCUGACCUUGGGGCUCUCCUGGGACUUCCAGUAGCUGGGGUUUUGGCUCUGUCACCCUGCCUGAGACUGUCGAGACACUGUUUUCCCUCCAUUCCAGACUGGCCGCACUUCUGAGUGGCUGUUGACAACCUAGAAAGCCCUGCCUCCUGUUUUGUCGGACGUGGCCUUCAUUCACCAGGGUCGCUGUUGCCUGGCCCCCUUGGAUGGGACUUGAUGGGCAUGCAGGCCCCUUCAUGGGUCCUUGAUGCACUGGUGUGGCUGCUGGGAAACGGGAAACAGGCUUGCCACCUCAGGAGGUCUGGCUCAGGCCGUGUGUCUUGAAUGGGGUCCCUCUGAGUUCCUUGGAGGCGGCUGAGACACACUAAGAGACAAUGGCAAUUCCACUGAUGUCCCCAGAGACACCAGUUUGAGGCCAAAAGGGCCAAAGAAGCUUCCCCCAUGGGAGAAAUUCUUGGGUUUUCACUCCCGGUCUCUCAGCCCAGACCCAUUUCAUUUUUGAUCAAUCAAAUGUUCUUUCCAAAAGUAGGGGGCACAGGGGAGAAGGAAAUUGUCUCAGCCCCUGCCCGCCACACAGGGCACAGAGUGGGUAGGCUGCUGCUUCCAGCUCUUCCGAAGGACACCCGGGUAGUUAGGGUGUCGAGACUCCCCCCCAGACAGAGACAAGGCCAUGGUCGCGGGGCCAUACGAGGCACCACCAGCUCAAGGAGAGCAAGGCAGGAAUUUAGCUCCCUGCCAGGUGCCGGAGCACGUGUGAUGGAGACGCUUCCCCUGUCUCUCUUCUUCUCUCGAUCUGUGUGAAAUUCCUGACUUUUCUCUCUUUCUCUCUAGCGGUCUAAACUGACUCCAUGGUAAACAAGAGGGCUGGUUUCUUGGUUGCUUUGCACAUGCUUCUUCUCGUUGUUGUUCGUUGCAACAUGAGACCAAACGUGAAUAGGGCCACAGCUAACCUCUCUCAUGCCACCGCAGGCCACAGGAUGCACUUUUCCACUGUUCUGGCACUUUCUGUCUAGACUCCUCCCUGGUUUUCAUCUCAUCCCCUCACACAGCAGGAGAAGCUCAUUUCACCUUGCCUCGUCCAGAUCAGAGACAGAGGGAGGGCCGCUGGAGGGAUGGGACUUCUAUCAUCCGGCACCUUCACUGGGUGCCCGUGGCCAGCCUUGGGGGCCGUGCCCUUCCUGUCUAGCCAAGGUCGGGGGGCCCCCUGGGGUCCCGCAGACUGGACUCCAAGAAAACUGGGGCAGAGGCCACCAUUUCAUUAAGUGUGUUCUGCUGUGUUCACACACCUGCAGUGCCCACGAGUGGUGCCGGGUUUAGUCCGGGAAGGUUAAACCAGGAAGGUUUAGUCCGGGUUUAACCUGGAAGGUUAAGGACUCUCCCAGUCAGGGCAAGAAUAUAAUUUUCUGUGGGGUGCUGCCAGAUGGAAUUAAGUGAACAGAAAUCCCAACCCAGAGGAUGACAUGAAAACAGUUGUCACAGAAGGCGGCUUUCCACUCGGGUUAGUCUGUUUCCUUGUUUCGGUCAUCAGGGACAAGGGAACCCCCUGGCCAUCUGAUUCUGAUGGUGAGAUCUCUCUGGGUUUCAUUCAGGCAAAAGCUACAGUGGAGUCUUGGGAUGGUCAUUAGCGAGCACCCGAGAUAGGAUGCUAUUGGCCGCGUCUUAGUUUUCAUGGAAAAAAAAAAAAUUGCAUGAGAAACGAAGGAAAGAAUGGAGAUUUUAACCCCCUUUAUUUUUCCAUUUAUGAAUGGAACAUAAUCAAAUAUAAAAAAGCAAGAGAUUCUGCUCACAAUGUUUAGGUAUAUCAAAUCGUCACAUUGUACCCUUUAACUCUCUUACAAAUUUAUUUGCUAAUUACACUUCAAUAAAGCUGAAAAGGAAAAAAUGGAAGGAGGAAAAAAAAACUAGCAAGAGAUUGCAGAGAAAGACAAAUACUUGGGUUUCAUUCACUUCCUGUUCAAAACCAUUUGCUGUAAUCCAUAGGCAGUCUGUGAAUCAUAAGCAUGUCCUGUUUUUCCCCAUAAUGUUCCAGGUUUUAAAGUCAUUUUUUCACAUUUCCUGUAAAUAAUGGAUAAUCAUUUUUAUUUUAUUUUUAAGUGCUGUUUUAACAAUGUGGAUAGACCAUAAAUGUACUUGCUGAAUUCAUUCAUUUUUUUUAACAAGCCAAUAAAGUUUUAUAAUUCAU